CUUCAAUGAAGCAGUGGGGAUAACAAAUAUGAUUAAGCUUGCCAGAUCAAAACUUUGAAAAUAAAGUAAAAAUAGAAUCUGAAAACUAGCCUAACUGUUGGCAGCCUUUGAAGGAGAAAAUACUUAAACUCUGGCCGGUGGUUAUGAUAACCUGAAACCUUGUAAAAAAUAUGUUAAGAAUAAAGCAAAAAAGGCUUGUACUUGCAUUAGUGAUAUUUAGUGCAGUCUUUUGGUUUUUCUUGUAUUGGAACUUAACAAGCUUCUAUGCUUACCAUAAGAGUUUAAGGGCUCACCAAGAACAAAUCAAUGAAAUUGAUAUCUAUAGUGAACUGUAUUUAGCAAAUCUUGCAACAGUGAAAACAGCGGAUGACCAGAGAAAGUAUGAUGCAGGAUACCAUGCACACGCUUUCAACCAGAUGUUAAGUGAUAGAUUAAGUUAUACCAGACCACUACCGGAUUUUCGGAAUCAAAGGUGUAAAGAUAUGAAAUACUCAGAGGACUUACCGAGUGUGAGUGUCAUAAUUUGUUUCUACAAUGAAGCAAUGUCAGCCCUACUGCGCACAGUGCAUACAGUUUUGUUGCGUUCACCUGCUCAUCUCAUUCAUGAAAUAAUUCUUGUUGAUGAUAACAGUGACUUUGCUCAUCUGAAGACAGACCUUGAAGAAUAUAUAAGAAGUUUUCUCCCAAAAGUUAAACUGUUUCACACUACAGAGCGUCUAGGCCUGAUUCGAGCUAGAAUGUAUGGAGCAAAGCAGGCUACAGCUGAGAUAUUGCUGUUUCUAGACAGCCAUUGUGAAGUGAAUAUUGGAUGGCUAGAACCACUGUUGGCCCCAAUUCAUCAGGAUUCCCUCACAGUUUCUGUUCCUAUAAUGGAUAUUAUUGAUGCUGACACCUUUUUCUAUGCAGCAUCAGAUUUAGUAAAAGGUGGCUUUAACUGGGGAAUGCAUUACCAGUGGGAACCUCUGACUCCUGAUUUAGCCAAGAAAAUAUUUGAAAAACCAGAUCCAUAUGACUCUCCAACAAUGGCUGGGGGUUUGUUUGCCAUGAACAGACAAUAUUUCCAUCAGCUUGGAGAGUAUGACAAGGGAAUGAAUGUGUGGGGAGGUGAAAAUUUAGAGUUAUCUUUUAGGAUAUGGCAAUGUGGAGGACGUUUGGUUAUUGUACCUUGCUCACGUGUGGGGCAUAUUUUUCGAAAAAGAAGGCCUUAUGGGUCACCAGUUCAAGAUAGCUUCACCAAAAAUACACUAAGAAUGGUACAUGUAUGGUUGGAUGAUUACAAGCGUUAUUAUUUUCAUAUCAAUUCACGAGCAGAAGAUAUGGAGUUUGGUAACAUAAAUGAAAGACUUGAACUCCGCAAAAAACUUAAUUGCAAAUCAUUUCAUUGGUAUUUAGAAAAUAUUUAUCCAGAGCAGCUAAGUAAACUACCUGAUUUAAAUAAACAAUUGAAUGCACAAAACCAAGGCAAUAAAGAUGUGAUAGCUUCAAAAGUUAUUGUACGGUCAAGAGGUUUGUUUAAACAUGCGAGCUCUGGUUUAUGUGUAACAUCUGAGAAAACUAUAUAUGACAAACGAGCGCUGGUUCAUUUAGACAUAUGCAAGCCUGGAGACAAGGAUCAGCUAUGGUUUGAAACAGAACAAAAAGACCUUCGACUUGGUAAUGUAUUAUGCUUGGAUCUAAACAAGGAUGAAGGGCCUUAUGCAAGACUUAUGAAAUGUAAAGGGUCAAAUGCUCAGACUUGGAUCUGGUCGAGGAAGGGCAACAAGCAUCAACUAAUGAAUUUUGGCACAUCUUUGUGUUUGAAGGCCAUGGGAAUUGAGCCUGGAGCUUUAAUUAAAACAGAGAAAUGUAGUGAUGACCCUCUUAUGCUUUUUACUCUUGUGAUAACUUGAUAAUUAUUUGAAGAUAAUUUUUACUUCCAACCAUUCCAAAACAUUUUUACAAUGUGUUUAUAAAGGAAUCAGAAAUGCAUCUUAACAUAAGCAAUAUAACCUACCAGUGGUGCCUUGCUAAGAAUACAUGCAUUCAAGAUAAUUUCUUUGUCUAAACAACCAUGUAUUUAUUGUUAAAUUCAUUAAUUUAAGAUGAAAAUUCCUGGAACACAGUCGCUCAUCUUUCUAUGCCCAUUAUAGGGUGCAAAAAUAAAUAGAAUCUCAGUGAAGUGUGGUUGUGACAGUACAUUUUAUAAAUUUAAUUUUUAUAUGUCUUUUCAGAAAAUAUUAAGUCGGUCUGUUAUGGCUAACAACUUUCUUAAAUGGCCCAUGGUUUAAACUGUUUAUUUUGUAAAAGCUUUGUGAUUGUUCAUGCAUAUGAAUACUCUUCUUCCAUUGUUGACAAAGUUACCUGUAGUUACCUUAGUACUACAGCCAAUAUAUCAGUUGUGUACAUUUGUUAAUAAUGCAAUAAUGUAUUUAAAAUGUGGUACAUCAUUUUUUAUAAGUGUAAUAAUACUGUAUUAUGUUAAUACAAUGAGUAAGUGUAAAUGGGACCUGUUAAAUAUUUGUUGAUCUGUACACUUUUUUUAUAAAUGUAUAUCAAAUUUUUAAACUAUUCUUUUUAAAAAUCUACAACAAACUUGCUUUAUGAAUUUUUACUUCAAUACCAUAAUGCUUUUUGUUAGUCUUUUUAAGACCCAGAGACUUAGAUUAGAUGACAUGUAGUUGUUUAUGUCAUGUAUGCACAUUUAUGUUUCAACCAUUUUAAAAUUACAUUAUGAACAUCAGCAACAAUUUUCAAAGUUAUUAGUAUUGUCCUUUUUUUUUAAAAAUAAUUGAAUGUUCAUUAAAAGUAAUGCCAUGCAUUAGAAAGUAACCAAAAAUGUUUUAUUAAAUAAAAUUAAACUUUUAGAAA